GCCGGGCCAAAGUAGCCAAGUGAGGAGUAACUUUAAGAGCGAAUUCUCCAGGAGUCUCGAGCCCCUGCUGUCGGUGGUGGGCAAGGGCCGCGGGGACAUGGCCAUGCCCUCGGGCUCGUCAGGGUGCAGCGAGAAGCAAUCCUCGGAGGGCUGCACUUCCCGCCCCCCGUCGGCAGGAUCGGCCAUGCCUCCGACGGCCUUCGGGAUGCCAGGUUCCCGUCGGUCCCUGUCGGCGGCGAAACUGAAGAUCAUCGAGAGCGGAGGGCCCUUCGCCGACCACUGCAAGUCGCACGAGAAUAAAUUUAGGGAACUGUCCAGCAAGUUCACCCGGUUAAAAGAAGAGGCUCAGGAACUGCACCGAGACGUGACGCUCAGAAGGUGCCUCACUCGAAGGGGCCGCGUCGAGGAGAUCGUCAGGGAGUGCGCGGGCCUCGAGGAGGAGUUCCGGGCGUACGGCGACGAGAUGGAGGAGCUGAGGGGCGUGUUCGACCAGGCGUGGGACGAGCAGAUCCAGAGGGUGUACGCCGAGCAGGAAGUCUUUCAGUCGCAGGUGAACGACGUGGCGACCCUUCGAGACGAGAAUAAGCGUCUUAUGAUCAUUGCUCAGCAACUUGAGCCUUAUAUACGCUCCAUCACGGCUCUUAUGGAAAGGAUAUCGCCCAAACUCCAGGUGCCACAGGGCCAGGCCAUGACCACGUCCCAGGUGUCAGUCAUGGAUUCGAGCGAGAACAUCAUGCAACAAAUUCUGGACCAGAUUAGUGCUUGCAAGCCGGACCAACAACAAAGGGUCGAAGGGCGGGGAUGCGCGGACGGAGCGAGUCGAGCUUCCGGCCCCGUCGAUGACUCGGGCGCCGGUGGAGGAGGAGGUGGAGCUGGAGGAGGAGGUGGAGCGGGUGGAGGUGUGAUAGGGUCCCCGGGGCUUCUCAUAGGGGGGAUUCCGAAACCCCCCGACCCCCCUCACUCCCGGAGGACGCCCGACCAGGAGGAGGACCAGGAGAGCGACCACGCCCAUGGCUUCUCUCCAGGGCCGGGCUCAGGUCGGGGCGAUCCGGGCCUCCCCACUAGGGACACGGACAAGUACCGCGGCCCGGUGUCGCCUGCCUCCUCCAUGGGCUCCACCUUAGCGUCGUCCGUGCUGGGCGGGUCCUAUGCGGAGGUGCGGCGGCCCGAGCGCAGCGCGAGGCGCAAAAGACAGAACAGUGAGGGGGACUCUUUAGUGUGGGAGCGCCAACGAGGCUGUGAGAGUGAGAGCGAGAUGGUGUCCUCGACGUCCUCCUUGCGGAUCAACCAGCGCCGCGGCUCGGAGGGCAGCGAGGUGGAGGAGGGCAAGAAGGGGGUCUUCAUGCAGCUGCUGCAGAUGGUGCGCUUGCGCGAGGACAAGAAGAAGCAGGACUACGAGAGCGACGUGGACGAGGGCCGCGCCUCGUCCAGAGAGCGCGGGACGAUGGGCCGCGUCGUCCAUCGCCUGUCGCGGACCAAACUGCUGGCAGACCACCACCCGGACCACUUCCGAGACCUCGCAUCGCUGGCCUUCGACCCCUCGGCCGUGCCCGAGAGGCCGAAGUCUGCCUGCGACAACACGCUGCUUCGAAACGCCGAGAAGCUCUACUCCGGGCUGGGCUCCGUGCGCGCCUACAGCGGCGAGCCCGAGGCCGGCGACCGCGUGAGCGCCGAGCGGCUGAACGAGGUGCGCGAGGCGCAGGCGCGCGCCGUGGCCGCGUCGUGCCACUCGCGCGAGAACUCCGUGGGGCGCGCAAGGUCGGCCGAGCGGGAGGCGGCGGGCAUCAGGACGCCCAAGGCGGUGCCGGUGCCGCGCGUGCCGCAGGGGAGCCGCGGCGGCGAGUUCAGCCUGGGGGAGGUCAAGGCCAUCGUGCACGCCGAGCAGCUGGGGGGGCCGAGCCGCAAGUCCCCGGGGCGCAAGGACAUGGACACGAUCUACGCGGUGGCCACGGUGCCCCGCAAGAGCGCGUCCAAGAAGGAGAACAUCUACGAGAACGUCCCGAUCCAGGCCGAGCUGAUGGGCGGCAGGCAGUUCCGCGAGGACCCGCGCGCCCGACCCGUGUUCAAGAAGCAGAACUCCCUGGACGCCCUUCCCUCCGAGUCGAGAAAGGCGAGCUCGAUGCGGAAGAGCGACGGCGGCGGCGGCGGCGGCGGCUCGGGCGGCGCGAGGCACGGCACGCUGCGGAAGGCGGACAGUUUCGAAGGGCACGAGGAGGCAGUGAAAACUUUGGUGGCCGCUGUCCAGGAGACAAGAAUAUUAAGGCGAAAGAAAACUAAAUGAUCAACUUUGAACAUAAUUUAUAAAAUGUUCAUGUUUUUACAGUUGCAUUUCCAAGCUUAUCAUCGCCUGCAGCAGAGAAAAACUGCAUUUUUUUUCUUCCUAUUAAGUCGAUAAAGUGUUGAUCAAUCAAAACAGUAGUCUGCCUAAUAUGCGAUACUCAUAUUCAUGAAUAGGAAAAAAAGAAAGAAGAAAAAGUUUAAAACGAGAUUACGAAAUCAGAAACUUACCAAAGAGUUCAUGCUACUCGUGCAAGUGUGUCAAGUGUUAUACAGUUUUUGAUAAAAGUUAAGGAGUUUAGAUAUAACUUGGGUAACUGCUAGAGACAAGGAAAUAGUUACGUUGGCGAAGUGUAGGUGUAAGUGAAAAAAAAAAAAAUAAUAAAAUUAAAAAAUUAUCAGUGACAGUGUUACAGUACAUAAUGUGCUUACAUGGUUGUGACUAACAGUUGUACAUGAAUCGAGAGCAAGUUCGAAGACGCAUCCAGAGUGAGAUUUCGCACAACUGAACGAAUGGCAAGUUGUAUCCGACUUAGCUGAUCUUCAACGUCGUCUUAUAACACCGUGGUAUCUCUUAUGAAGGGUUGAAUAUAAGUGUGAGGGUCUGUCAGAGUGUGUUUCUACAUUAUAGUAAAAGCUGGCCUCAAAUGAAUACCGUUUUCGGGUGCUUAAAACUGGCCAAUAACAAACACAUUAUGUUAUAUACUUUGUUCAUGAAAAAUACAAGCAACAACAACAACAACUAAGGGUGUUCUAUGAUAGUAAUGUGUACUAAUACUAGUCUUUUAUACAUAUAAAGGUUCUGUAGACAA